AUGCGUAGUUCAACUGAAAAUAAUGAAAAUAUUAAACAAAUUAAAAAUAAUCAUCGAAAUUUGUAUCGUGUAAUCACAAUAGUAGGUAUUGGAGUGUUUGCUUGUAUUAUCGGUAUUUUAGGUCUUCUAUUGGGAUUAUUCGGUGCAAUAAAACAAAUACAAAAUCAAUAUAACGAAUAUUUACAUAAUCAAUGGGAAACAACAUGUUUAGUACUUCAAUAUUCAUGUUUUCCACGUUCAUGUUAUUCUUGUACUGAUUCACAUUGUAAUAAAUCAGUUUGUUAUGAUGAAAAAAUUGAAGUUAGUUAUUCUAUAUUUAAUGGAACUGAAAUUCUAAGUACAAUUAUAUUCAAAAAUAAUCCAAUUCAACAUCAUAUUCAACUUGGACAUACGUAUAGAUGUUAUUAUGAUCGAAUAAUUAAUUUUAAAUCAGUACAAUUGGAAUAUAUACAUUCAAAAUCUCAAACUUCGAUAAUUAUUAGUGGUUGUGUUUUAAUUAUUGUUGCUUUCAUUAUAUUUAUCAUUUUAUCUAUUUAUACUUUAUUUGUUGAAAGACCUCGUGUAAAACAAAUGAGAAGAAGGAGUCAAAUGUUGCAAAAUUUAUCUUGUGAACAUAAAGAUGAAAUUUAA